AAAAAAAAAAAAAAUCUCAACUGAAACACAAACCAGUGGAGGGAAACUACACUUAUCUUCAACUGAAAAUGUAAUGGCACCAAUAGAUCCUUAUCUCUCACUCUGUGUACAAAACCAAGAAGAAAAAAAGAGCCCCUUUUUAGCUAAAGUUCCAUUAUUAUUUUUCUUUUUUUCUCCUCUUCAAAUAUAAAUGGAUAAGGAAAAACCAAUUUUUUGCAAUAAAAAACCAAUCUGUUUACAAACUACAACUCAGGAUUCAAGUGUACAAUCUUCGAGUUUGACUAAAACGAUACUUCGAAAGGGACUUUCGUGGCAGACCCCAAUCCCAGGCGAUGAAGUCGAAGUUCGUUACAGUGUCGGCCUGCAAGAAGGAGAGUAUUUUGAUUCGAAUCGAGAAAAAGAGAGCCCUUUCAGAUUCAAAUUAGGCCGCGGUGAAGUUAUAAAAGGAUGGGAUGAAGGCAUUGCCACCAUGAGAAAAGGUGAAAGGUCAAUUAUCACAAUCCCACCAGAAUUGGCCUAUGGAGAAAUUGGGUUCUCUCCUUUAAUUCCUCCGAAUUCAACUCUCAUUUUUGAAGUGGAGCUAAUUUCUUGGUACCCCAUUAGAGACAUAAGUGUCAAGUAUGUUGCAAAAUGCGAGAAUGGGAAAGUCAUAUCUGAAUCCAAUGAAGGCCUGGAGUUCUCACUAACAAGUGGUCAUCUCUGUCCUGCAAUGAGCAGAGCUGUGAAAACCAUGAGGAAAGGGGAAAAGGCAGAUAUUUCUGUGAAGCUCAACUAUGGCCUUAUGCAUCACGAAAGUGGGACACAAACGGUUAAUAGUACAUAUCCACAGUAUCAAAACUUGACCAUUCAUCUCGAACUGGUAUUAUGGAGAACUGUUGUCGAUGUCAAUGGAGAUGACAAAAUAUUGAAGAAAAUAAUGAAGAAAGGAGAGGCUUUUGAUCGUCCUAACGAAGGAUCUGUUGUAAAAGUGGUUUACGUAGGCAAACUUGAAGAUGGCACAAUCUUGGAAAAACGAGGAUGUGAUGAGGAACCCUUCGAAUACGUGUGUGGAGAGGAACAAGUCCAGGAGGGCUUGGACAAGGCUGUAAUCACCAUGAAAAAAGGAGAAGAAGCUAUCAUUAAAAUCAGCUAUGACUUAUUGGACCUCUCUAAAGUUGGAGGAUUGGGUACUUCAAAUGCAUUGCUUUAUGAAAUCAAAUUAAUUGAUUUCACAAAGGAAAAACCGUUUUGGAAGAUGGAUGCACAAGAAAGAAUACACACAUGCCAAGCAAAGAAGGAUGAUGGAAAUAUACUUUUCAAAGCUGGAAAAUUUCUGCUUGCCUCCAAGAACGAUGAUGAAAAGGCUCAAGCAAAAGGUUUGCGACUGUCGUGUUAUUUGAACGAGGCCGCUUGCAAACUUAAACUCGGAGAAUAUCAAGAAGUCUCGAGAUUAUGCACCAAGGUCCUAGAAUUAGACCCACACAACAUAAAAGCUCUGUUCAGAAGAUCAGAAGCAUAUAUGAGAACAUCGGAUAUAGAGAAAGCAGAGAGGGAUAUUAAUCAAGCUCUAUUGCUCGAUCCAAACAACAGGGAAGUGAAGAUCAAACGCAAGGAGUUGAAAGAAAAACAGAGGCAAUAUGCUGAACAUGAAGCUAAAAUGUUCAGCACUAUAAUUUCAAGAAUAGAUUAAGCUAUCCAAAACCUGUUGUCAAAUACUUUGAAAGGGACAGAUUGUGAAAGCAAGACAGUAUGAUCACUUGGAAGCUUGUCGAACUUGUAUUUCAAGUGCAAAUUCAAAAACGAAAGGGAUAACUCGAGUUUAAAUUAGAAAAAAGACAGUUACUGAUUGUACUUUGAAUAAAUGCAAGCAUGUAUCUCGAUCCACUAUAAUUUGAGUUAGAACACGAAGACUCGGAUUUUCUAUUAUUGUCUUAGAGUGAAGGUGACUAGAAUAAAAUUUAUAAGUAGUGCGAUUCUAGUUAAGAUAGCUUUAAUGGUUUUAUUACAUUGUUUUCUACUAAGUGAACAAAAAGAAAG